GGAACUAUCUCGAGGGUAAGCCGAGUAAAGAAAAGCCGAAAUGGCGCUAUAAAAACCACUCCCCUCAACGUUAACUACGCAUUCCAUCGAACACUUUGCCUUCAUAGUAAUUUCUAAGCAUUUCCGUUAGUAAGAGAGCCAGAGAGGUCUAGCUGAAAGAGCAAUGGCGUCAGAGAAGGAAGUGAAGCUGCUAGAUUUCUGGUUGAGCCCUUUCGGAGUCCGAACCAGAAUCGCAUUGGAGGAAAAAGAGGUGGAGUACGAGUACAAGGAGGAGAAGAAUCUAAUUCUCGGAGAGAAGAGCGAGCUCCUGCUGAAAUCGAAUCCAGUGCACAAGAAGAUCCCCGUUCUGAUCCACCACGGCAAACCUAUCUGCGAGUCGCUCAUCAUAGUUCAGUACAUUGACGAAGUCUUCCCCAGUAAAACCCCCAUCCUCCCCUCCGAUCCCUACGCGCGCGCCCUUUCCCGCUUCUGGGCUGACUUUGUUGACAAGAAGAUCUCUCAAUAUGCGCUUCGCAUCUGGAGGCUGAAGAAGGGCGAGGAACUUGACGAGACGAAGAAGGAGUUGGUAGAGAACCUGAGGAUGCUUGAGGCGGAGCUUGGAGAGAAGAAAUACUUCGGCGGGGAGGACUUUGGGUUGGCCGACAUCGCAUUCGUUCCCUUCACCUCGUGGUUCUACAGUUUGCAGGCCUUCGCCUUGUUGAGCGUGGAGGAGGAGUUCCCCAAACUUACGGCGUGGGGAAAUCGCUGCUUGGAGCGGAAGAGCGUCGCCAAGUCUCUCCCUGAACCAAAGAAGGUGUACGAGUUGCUCAGCGCACGAAGGAAGGAGCUUGGCGUUGAAUAGAAUACAAAUGUGGAGGAUCGAAAUGAACAUCACUGAUUUGAAUAAAUUUGUUACCGUUAGCUUACCGUUGGCUGCUGCCUGCCAACUUCCACUUGAACGCUGAGACGUUUUGAGUGUGAGACUAUCCAAAUAAUGUUAUUUGAGCAUGAGCAUGCUCUAAAUUACAAAAAAAAAAAAAAAAAAUCAAUAAAAUUCAGUUCCAAUUGUCAAGUUCUAAUAAAGUCUUUUAUGACAUUAGUUUGAAGUCA